AUGCCACUGAUUAAUGAAAGCCGCCCUGAAGAGUUUAUUCUACUAGGUUUUUCUGACCAACCUUGGCUAGAGCUUCCUCUAUUCGUUAUUCUCCUUAUAACAUAUCCCACAGCCUUACUGGGAAACAUUGCCAUCAUUCUGGUGUCCAGGUUAGACUCUCGUCUUCACAGCCCCAUGUAUUUCUUCCUCGCAAACCUCUCCUUUUUGGACAUGUGUUAUACUACAAGCAUUGUCCCUCAGAUGCUAUUUAACCUGGGAAGCUCUCAGAAGACUAUCAGCUAUAUGGGAUGUGCAGUUCAGCUUUAUUUCUUUCAUACAAUGGGAGGCACAGAAUGUUUGCUAUUGGCUAUUAUGUCAUUCGAUCGCUAUGUGGCCAUCUGCAGACCUCUGCACUACACCCUCAUUAUGAAUCAGUGCAUCUGUAUCCUAUUAGUGUCCACCGUGUGGCUGAGCGGAAUGACCUAUGCUGUCUCAGAAGCCACUGUUACAUUACAGUUACCACUGUGUGGUCUCAAUAAACUGGACCACUUGCUGUGUGAAAUUCCUGUUCUGAUAAAGACUGCCUGUGGUGAAAAGGGUGCUAAUGAGCUCACACUCUCUGUGGUAUGCAUUUUUAUGUUAGCUGUUCCACUAUGCUUAAUUCUUGCCUCCUAUGCUAGUAUUGGGCAUUCUGUAUUUAAGAUAAAAUCUUCUGAAGGAAGGAAAAAGGCCUUUGGGACGUGUUCCUCUCAUCUCAUUGUAGUUUUCUUAUUUUAUGGCCCAGGCAUUAGUAUGUACCUUCUGCCUUCUUCCUCCAUCUCAAGCGACCAGCCCAAGUACAUGGCUCUCUUUUAUGGAGUGGUUACCCCUAUGCUCAACCCCUUCAUCUACACCCUGAGGAAUAAAGAUGUAAAGGGGGCUUUAAGCAACCUGAUGAGGAGCAUUUUCUGUUUCAAAUGA